AUGGACUGUAUUGUAAUAUCUGAUGAAGAAAAUGAGAAAAUGAAUUCAAUUAAUACUGUUAGACAAUUUGAACAAAUUAACAAUCCAAUAACUACGUAUGAUAAUGAUGAAUUAAUUGCGAUUGAAUUAGAAAUACGUGACAUCGAUCAACAAAUAAAUCGACUUCGUCAACAUCGUUCUAACUUAACUAAACGACAACAACAACUAAAAGAAACAAUCAAACGAAAUCAACAGACAACAACAACAACAAAUAACUCCCAUGAACAAUGGCAACGAACGGAUUUUUCUUGGAGUUCAAAAGUAAACGAAAUGCGUACAGAAAUAUUUCAAAUAAAUUUAUUUCGACCAUGGCAACUUGAAACUAUCAAUGUUACACUUGCAGGUCAUGAUUGUAUAUUAAUUAUGCCAACAGGUGGUGGUAAAUCAUUAUGUUAUCAAUUACCAGCUGUCAUUUCUGAUGGAAUAACAAUUGUUGUUUCACCAUUAAUAUCUUUAGUUGAUGAUCAAAUUUAUGCUCUUCGAAAUUUGAAUAUCGAUGCACGUUCACUUAAUACAUCAACAUCACGUGAUGAACAAACAGAAAUAAUGCAUAUACUUGAUGGAAGAAAUAAUAGUGGUUCAACAUUAAAAAUUCUUUAUUUAACACCAGGCAUGUUUUUUUUAAACAUGCAAAAAAUAAUCAAUUAUAUUAUUCAAUUAAAUUAA